AGGCAAAUGGGGUUCCUAUCUGUGAGGAGGUGGGGGAGACAGACGGGGGAUGAAAGUGCCAGAAGGAUGGGGUUGAGGUCAAACACCGGGACAGGUGACUAAAGGAGAAAGAGAGCCACAGGAUGGAAAAGCGCGGGGAGGAGGAGGAGGGUGGAGGCUUGGCCCGGGCUGGGCGCUGACCCUCUGUGGGACCAUCACUUCCCUGGGCUCGGUUUUCCCCUUUGUUGAACGCAGGGGGCUGGGCUAGAUGGACUCUAACGUGUCUUUCAUGAAUAACCUUUGCUUUGCUUUGGUGAAUUUUCCUUUUCUGAAAAUGGGGCAGGGGCUGGGGGCCCGGGGCCGCAGGGUGGGAUCUGCCGCCGCGCUGACGAGGCCCGUGGAGGUCCCCCUGGAGGUACACCUCCCGCCCCUUUUCCGCCUCUCUUAGUUUAAAUAUCUGCCUAAUUUGGGCAGCUCCUUAACGCUGAUGCUCAUUUGCAAUUCUUUUGUAGCUGCCAGCCCAUUCUUUUCCAGUUGUUCGGGAAGGUGAUUGCUCCAGGUUGGAGAGCUGGGGUGUGUGGGAGUCCGACGGGGUCUCAGCUGCAGCUUUGUCUUGGCGGGGGCUCCUCCCGGGCGAGGAGGGGAGAGCGGCUCCCAGGCACACGCCAGAGGCCCCGCGGGCCAGGUGCCGCAGGCUGUCCGCCUCUCCUCCUGCUGGCCCUGCUGUCCCCUCCGUGGGGGCCUCUGCGGGGAGCGGUUCUGCAGGUACUGGGCCGUCCGGGUCUGGGGUCCGAAGGCCUGCCCUGACCCGAUCACCUACCUUAGAGGCGAUUCUUUUAUGUUGGACGUCUUUACCCGCCACUUCGCCUCUGCUCCUUUCUCCCCGGUUGCCUGGGAAGGGGGGACCCUCCCCCCCGACAUUUGGAAUGGAGUGAAUACCUUCUCCUGACCACCCCUCCUUCCAGCCUCCAGUCCUCCAAGUUACAAGUCCCAUCCCGGGAUUCUGGAUCAGAGGCCUGUGUGCGACCAGGACCUAGGGGACCGGCACCUCCCGCAUCUCCACUCUCCCUUCGCAGAGGAUUUCCCCACCCGGCUGAGGCGAGGCCGAGCAUGGAGCUGUCCCCGCGCAGCGCGGCCGCGAUGCUGGAGCCCGACUGCCCGUGCCCCCUGGAGCUGAAGUCGGCCCCCAGCAAGAAGAUGUGGAUCAAGCUGCGGUCGCUGUUGCGCUACAUGGUGAAGCAGCUGGAGAACGGGGAGGUCAACAUCGAAGAGCUGAAGAAGAACCUGGAGUACACGGCGUCCCUGCUGGAGGCCGUCUACAUAGAUGAGACACGGCAAAUCUUGGACACGGAGGACGAGCUGCAGGAGCUGCGGUCGGACGCGGUGCCGUCGGAGGUGCGGGACUGGCUGGCGUCCACCUUCACCCAGCAGGCCCGGGCCAAGGGCCGCCGCGCCGAGGAGAAGCCCAAGUUCCGGAGCAUCGUGCACGCCGUGCAGGCCGGGAUCUUCGUGGAGCGGAUGUUCCGGAGAACGUACACGUCCGUGGGCCCCACCUAUUCCACUGUGGUCCUCAACUGUCUCAAGAACCUGGACCGCUGGUGCUUCGACGUCUUCUCCCUGAACCGGGCAGCAGAUGAGCACGCCCUGAGGACCAUUGUCUUCGAGUUACUGACUCGCCAUAACCUCAUCAGCCGCUUUAAGAUUCCCACUGUGUUUCUGAUGACUUUCCUGGAUGCGCUGGAGACGGGCUACGGGAAGUACAAGAACCCUUACCACAACCAGAUCCACGCAGCUGACGUCACCCAGACGGUGCAUUGCUUCUUGCUCCGCACGGGGAUGGUGCAUUGCCUGUCGGAGAUCGAGAUCUUAGCCAUCGUCUUCGCUGCGGCCAUCCACGACUACGAGCACACAGGCACCACCAACAGCUUCCACAUCCAGACCAAGUCAGAGUGUGCCAUCCUGUACAACGAUCGCUCGGUGCUGGAGAACCACCACAUCAGCUCCGUCUUCCGAAUGAUGCAGGAUGAUGAGAUGAACAUUUUCAUCAACCUCACCAAGGAUGAGUUUGUAGAGCUACGGGCCCUGGUCAUCGAGAUGGUGUUGGCCACGGACAUGUCCUGCCAUUUCCAGCAAGUGAAGUGCAUGAAGACGGCCUUGCAGCAGCUGGAGAGGAUCGACAAGCCCAAGGCCCUGUCCCUGCUGCUGCACGCGGCCGACAUCAGCCACCCGACCAAGCAGUGGGCGGUGCACAGCCGCUGGACCAAGGCGCUCAUGGAGGAGUUCUUCCGCCAGGGCGACAAGGAGGCCGAGCUGGGCCUGCCCUUUUCCCCGCUGUGUGACCGCACUUCCACUCUGGUGGCACAGUCGCAGAUUGGGUUCAUUGACUUCAUCGUGGAGCCCACGUUCUCUGUGUUGACCGACGUGGCCGAGAAGAGCGUCCAGCCCCUGGUGGAUGACGACUCCAAGUCUAAGAACCAGCCCAGUUUCCAGUGGCGCCAGCCUUCCCUGGACGUGGAGGUGGGAGACCCCAACCCUGACGUGGUCCGCUUCCGCUCCACCUGGACCAAGUACAUUCAGGAGAACAAGCAGAAGUGGAAGGAGCGGGCAGCAAGCGGCGUCACCAACCAGAUGUCCAUCGACGAACUGUCCCCCUGUGAGGAGGAGGCCCUGCCCUCCCCGGCCGAGGACGAGCACAACCAGAACGGGAACCUGGACUAGCCCGGGGCUGGGCGGGUCCUCAGCGAGUCCCACGUGUUCCACGCCAUCAGCACCAUCCCUCGGGACCGGCUCCCCCAUCUGCUCCAAGGGAGCCUGGAGGCCCAGGAACGCACGACCCACCCGAAGGCCAAAGGCCGGACGCCAGAGACUGUGGGGGUGGGGGAGGGGCCCCUCCCCACCCGACACCCACUGGGGCGCCCUUUAAUUUCCCAGCAGCAAGACUGGGGAACUUCAGGCUCCCAGUGGCCACUGUGCCCGUCCCCCGCCCCCGGACUCCCCCCGCCCCGUGGUGGCCUGACGGCUGGCUGGGAGAGGGGAGCUCCUCGAGGCCUCCGGGGCCGGGGGGAGGGUCAGGGUCGGAGACGCCAGCCCCUGGGCCCUCCCCCAUCCUUUAUGCCUCCAAGUUUCUAAGCAAUACAUUUUGGGGGUCCCCUCAGCCCCCCCCAGAUCUCAGCUGGCAGGUCUGGGUCCCCCUUUCCCUCCCCUGGGAGGGGCUGGAGUAGGAUAGGGAGCUGGGGGUUGUCAGAGCCCUGAGCGCGGAGCGGGGGCUCCGAGGGGCCUGGGAACGCGGGUGUUGUCUUUACCCCAGCCCUACGCUGCCCCUCCCCGCCCUCCCUGCCCCUCC